AUGAAAAGACGGCGGGAGGAGCUUUAUCGCCAUGACAUCGAUUUUCCCCCGUCGUUGUCGAUAUGUCCCGUUUGUGGGACAUCAGUGUCAAAGGAAAACAUUGGAAUUCACGUUGAAGAACAUUUUACUCAGCCUUCUACAUCCUCUGAGGGUAACAGAUUCGAUGAUCUAGAAGGUAAGAUAAGUAUUAUCGAAAUCGCUCGUAAAACGUCAACAAAAGUAGCAAAUUUAAAGCCUCUAGCAGGUCCCAAAGCUAGCUUGAGUUACUCUGGCUGUUAAUUAAUGUUUGUUUUCGUUUGAUUUUAGUACAAGGAAUUUCUGAUUCUGCUGAUUUCCGGGCUUGUACAUAUGGAAAAUGUCAGGAGUUAGGUAAUGUUCAGUAUUUGACUUUUCUUGGUGCAUUUAAAGACCUUAAAGUUCGCCUUAAAUUUUUCUUCUCAAAAUGGUCUCCUAUAAAUAUUUCAACUCAACCAUUCCUUAAAUUAUACAUUCACAAGAAGCUUAAAUGUUCCCUCUUUCAGCCAAAAGAAGUAAUGUUAGGAAAUUGUCUCUCACAAAGUGUUUAAAUGACAACUAAAUGUAUACAUAAUAAAAAGAAUUGAAUUAACUAAAAUAAGCUUAACUAUUAUUGUUGACAAAUUUUAAAAUGAAUCAGUGGCAAAAUUUUAAAUAUUAGAUGAAAAUAUUGAUUUUUGACUGUUGUUAUUCUAAGUUUACUUUGAUUCCAGCAGAUGACAGAGCCAAACAAUCAUACAUAGAAGGUCACUCAAUAGUAACUGGAACAGAAUUUUUACCAUGUAAGCCAUUAAUGGAAAGUCUCUUAGUUUUUUCUAAUUUUUUCUUAUUUUUUCUCUGACAGAAAAACACUGAUACUUUGUUUAAGCUCUGUAAAAUAGGGAAUACUUGAUUUUGAGAAUCAUUUUUUGCCUUGAAGCUGAGAAGUAUGCUGCCGUUAGUAUGUACUUAGAACAUAACCAUGGUAGGGUUAGCUUUGUCCAUAGAGCACUUGACUGCAGAAAGGGAUUUUGAUUCUAGGGACCAAACCAAUACUCAGGGGCUUGAGUUAGCUGAGAAAAAAAGUUACUGCCCUUGCCAUUCAAAUGGCUAGGUUCUUGUGUGGCUUGGAUCACCAUUUAAAGAAGCAGUCCCAUCUCCAGUAGGAGAUGUAAAUAUCCAGUAGGAGAUGUAAAUAUAGUGUCCUCAAGAAGAUUGCAUUUUUGUGCUAAAUACAUUGACAAUCAAAUGAAAAGCAAAUUUUUAAAGCUGUUGAAUGUUAGUUUGGCAAGGACAAUAUUGUUUUAAAAGGACCAGUUUUUCAAUAAGAGAACAGAGAGGGGUUGUGUGAAAACUUCUGCUGGUAGACAACUCCAAUGAGCACACCUGUAUUUAUGACCACAGCCACAGGUCUGGUCUUAAGUUAGUCCAUCUAUGGGUAGUUUGAUUUUAAAGGGAAUUUUUCUCAAGGAAAAGGUAGAUCACCACUCAUAUUUAUACAAUUUAAAAACAUCAUCCUCAAUGUCACUUUAAAUUUCAGCUUUUAAGCUACAUGUGCUACCCCUACAGCUUAAACAUACAGCAUGCUUUAUUGUCCUUUUUCUAAAUUUUUUUUUGCUGAAAAGUAUAUUUAAACCUGAUAUAAAAUAACAUGUGUUAUUUCAUAUUAGAAAACAAGCAAAAUAUUCAGAAAACAUAAAUUAAAAGUACAAUACUUCACUAGUAAUUAUUAGAUAAAAAUAAGAUUGUUUAAUUGCUAGAAUCAAAAUCUAAAGAGCUUUUACUUAAGACUACUUAACCCUUAAAACCUUAAUAUAAAAUUACGUGUAUAAAUUCUCAUAUAUUUGUCUUUUGACUCCAUUUAUUUCCUGUGGAAGUAGUAGAAACUAAAUUGUUGAAGUGUCAAUAUUUAAUUCAUCUUUUGUGAUCAUGUUCUUAAUUCUCAUGACCACUCUGUUCCAUAAAGCAUUGCUAUUACAUGGAGAGACUUUAUGCUGAUCUAUCUCAUGGCUUAAAGGGUUGAGUCAUUCAUAGCAUUACAUAGUUCUGGAGCAUUUCACAGAGUUCAAAGAAAGUCCAUUUAACAGCUUGCCCUUUGGACAAGCAGGAAUGAUAAGCAAUUAAUUUGUCAGAUCAGCUUGAAGAACAGCUGUAAUUUAAAUCCCCAUGGAUUUAUUUAAGGAUUGUAAACGAUUUGUUUGACAGUACUUCAAUCUGGAAUUUAAGUUUCCCCCAAAAAUUCACUCACCUGUCGGACAAAUUAAGAACAGAAUUCAGUAGCCCCACAAAAUCCACUAAACCUGGGCUAUUCAGACACAGUAUUUCUCUGCAUGCUUUUUCAUAUGGUUUGCAAACCACUACAUUUCAAAAUACCCUGAGGUUCAUGGAGUUAAUACUUUGUCCCNGGACAAAUUAAGAACAGAAUUCAGUAGCCCCACAAAAUCCACUAAACCUGGGCUAUUCAGACACAGUAUUUCUCUGCAUGCUUUUUCAUAUGGUUUGCAAACCACUACAUUUCAAAAUACCCUGAGGUUCAUGGAGUUAAUACUUUGUCCCAUCUCAGUUUCUACUUCAGACUGGGAUGACCAUAUCUUUGCUCACACUUUGGAAGACCAAGCAAUAAGUGAUUCCACUGGCACUAAUCUUCUUCAGGCUCCUGUGACUUUUCAUCAGCAAGAGCAGUACGACAUGCCAUUAAUCUAUGCACAAAGUGAUCAGGCACUGGCUCAGGAACUUGAAAAACAGGUGCUAUAGACCGUCUCCAUUAAAAAACUUACUUUAUAGGGGUAAUUGAAUUACUGGUAAACUUAGUAUUUUCAUUUGUGACCCAAAAGAUCAAAAGACCCGACUGGCUGGAGGCAAGCCAGCAGACUAUUUAUAAGUGUGACCAAGGAGUUGAACUUGGAACUUAUGUAUAAACUGACAAAAAAUCCAUCUAGCAGUUAAGCUAGAGCAGUUAAGCUCUAGAUUACAAUUUUAGCACUCUAACAGCUUGUCCGUGCUGCCUCCUGCCGGGGACAUCAUGUGUAGCUUCUGGGGACAUCAUGGUUAUAUCGGACGGUUUUCUGUCCCGCUGGUAAAGACUAUUUCAUCUUUUAGGCUUUUUUAGUAUACACUGUACAUGCAUUAUUAACAUGUAUUUUGGUUUCUUGUUGUGUAGGAAAUGGAACGACUUGAAAACCAGCCAUGUGAAUGGGAUGAUCACAUGUUGGCUCAAGCUCUGGAGAGUGAACAAAGAAGAGAACUUGAAGAACAGCGACAGCAAGAAGAGGAAGAGUUCAAAAAGCUGCAGGUAUAAGAACCAUUCCCCAAUAAUGAAACAAAUGAUUGAUUCAUAUUUGUUUAUAAAAACCUUUUUUUUUCUUUUCUCUCCUGAAGUAAUAUGUUACCCUUAAAGCUCCCUUAAGUGGGUGCCCUCAGAAAGUAAAUUAAUGGUCCAGAAUUAAAGCCGACCAAGUAUAACAGUGUUUUUUAAGAGAGCUUUGUCUGUAUGUCAAAGAUAAGAAGGAGGACACGUUCAACUUAAGUGAUGGUCUGCAAAAGGAUUUUGCAAUCCUGUCAUCCGGAACAAAAUUUUCCAGCAAUCCUGUCAUUUAGGCCCCAGUUGUUCAAAAGGUGAAUAAUGCUGUCCAGUGGAUAUAUCUAUAUCCAGUGGAUAGCACAAUAAUAAAUUGGUUUCCCAAGUACUUAUCUCACCCUAAUUGUUAAAACAAUGGAUAGCACCAUCCAUCAGAUAAAUCACUAUCCAGUGGAUAAGUAUUGGGGAAACUGAUUGCGUUAUCCAUUUAACAGAGAUUUAUCUAGUGGAUAGCGUUAUCCAGGUUUGGACAACUGGGACCUGCUGGAUAGUGAUUUAUGCAGUUGAUAGCACUAUCUAAUGUUUAAACAAAUUAGAAUCCUAUAUUUUCCACAAUUUAAGGGCUUCAUGUAAAAGCAACGUCUUCAAAACGAAAAUUAGGUGACCGGGGCAUGAUAUUUUUUUAUUUCAAUUUAGUUUCUUUUCUUGCUGGCCACUUACGAUGAACUUGCAUUUUCACUUGAGUAACCUCAUCAUUGAUGGAUUUUUUCUUAUAUUAAGGCAAUGUAUGGUAUGUCAUCCACCGGCGGCUAUGUUUCUCAGUACAGUCGGCACCUGGAGAGAGAGGUUGCACGAAACAAGACAUCUGUUGGUGACUAUUAUGCCAGGAAAGCAGAGAUGCUAAAAAUUUUGAUGACCGAUAAUGACAGUGGAGAAUCUUGUACCAGGGGUAAAAAAUACAUUCUUUAUGUACAGUUGUACCAUGUAUACAAGGAUGUGAUCUACGAAAAAAUCCUACGGGGCUCAAUACUCUAAACCUAUGAGAUCCAGGGUGUCCAGCAUGUGAUUUCGAUAUAAGAACUGAGUUUUCCUAGUUCCUCAAGAGCAAAAGUAUGGCACCAGGGGCCUCCAGGCACUGCCAGAGCACACACCCCCUUAAAUUGUGCUGUUGUUAUUAAUUUGAGCCGUCCUGUGGCAUUGUUUCCUCAGAGAAGAAACUCUGCUCCACCAAGGAGCUUAUAACCCAGAGCUAUCACCUUCUAUGAACUCAUUUCACAACCUUGCUGCCAGGUUCUCUCUCUUACCCAUUGAGAUGGGUAGGAAAGGACCGUGGGAAUGAGGUUGCUCAUUUCACUGCACUUUCACCAACCAGUUGAUUUUUUAAAAUGGUUAUGAUGCAAAUUUAGAAUAUUAUUUUUUGAAGUCCCACAAACCAGUCAGCAAAAUCUACAGGCCUUUUUACUAACAUUGCAUUUUUAACCUUUCGGUGGUGUUUAAUUUUCUUUUUUGAUCUCUUACACUUUAAAUGUGCUCAUAGAUGGAGUGGAGUUUCCAUUUCCAAAAUGUUCUUUAAAAUGUAUCUAAAAAUAAACUGGUCCAUGAAACGCUAGGGCAGGUUGUGGGCUCCUGGCUCCACUUUGACUUUCUUCAACCUGGUGUUUUUGGUACCACCAUAUACUGUUGGAGAGUAACCCAACGAUUGACUAGCACCACCCUCCUUAGGGUGGGGGAGGGGGGGCGGUAGCAACUCUCCUUGGUGCCUGAUGCUACAGUAAGGGGGUGUUUACAUGAGAAAACUCGCACCGGUGCGAGUUUCAUACUGGGAUGACUUUUUCAUUUCAUAUCGCGUUUACAUAAUGACCGGGUCAUUUCAUAUCUCGUUAUUUGAAGGUACACUUCAUGAUGAUAAAAUACACGUGUGAUUCAAAAUUGCAACAUUAUGCAUGCGCUACCCGUUCCAGUCUACUGAGAGACCGAUUUCACACCGAAACGGGUGGACGUUUCACGUUUACAUGAUACUGUGGCGAGAUUUCGUACCGGAGUGAAAUUCUUGCCCCAGUACAAGAACCGGGGUGAGUGAACUCACGCCGAGGUGACUCGCGCCGGCAUGACAUUUUGUGGUGGUAUCAUGUAAACAAAUAUAGAGCCAUGAGAGGGAACCAGUGAACUCACUCUAGGGCGAAAGUCGCCCCGGUGUCAUGUAAACACCCCCUAACUGGCUCAAGCGCUGGCCAUUUUGGCCUCAUGGGUUAGCUGGGCUUCUCUCUUACUCUUAUGGUUAAAAAGUCUACUGUGUGUGUUUGCCCACAGGUAUCAUUCCUCAGCUUCAUCAUCGCUAUGAGAUGGGUGUUAGUGGUACAAAGGCUUCAUGGCUUGCAAUUGACACAGAUCAUUUUGCUAGUACAGUGGGUGAUGCUGGCUGGGGCUGUGGAUACAGAAACCUGCAAAUGCUGAUCUCUGCACUGUUGAAAAUGGAAAUCUACAGACCUGUUAUGUUAAGUGGUGAGUACAGUAGAAUUCUGGGGUGCUUUGAUACCAUUUGUGCAAACCAUUCAGUCAGAAAUCUUGUUAAUCUCAUACCCAGAUCUCUAGGUGACAAAGCCCAAGGCGAGAUUUGGUCAAGUAAGAAAAUUCAAUUUUUCUGAUUGGCUAGAUUGCGAGGGAGUGACGUAAGUGCUGACAAGGGAUCUGUGUAUGAGAUUAAAAUCUUGGGCAUAAAUUUUUCAUAACAGGCCAUUUCUGAGUUCAAAAACUCUCACUUUCACAACAAGACUAUUUAAAAUUCAAAACCUUUCUUUUGAAAAUGGAUUUUAUUUGCAUACGAAUAAAAGAUCAUUUUCAUAUCGAUAGCUUUGCACUUAGCCUCACUUUGAAACAGAAGCUUGAGGCAACUCAGAGAUGCUCUAGCAAUAAAGACCUUCUGGGAGAAGGUGCCACAUCAAAGUUGAGCCAAAUGAGUAGGAGAGAUUAAUAACAGCAAAAAAUAAAAUUGCAUUGCCUGAAAUGACAGCCCAUGUUUCUUGGAGCUUUUUAAACGGAAUGGCAUAAGUCAUUUGAUUUUCGGAUCAGAAUUUUUGGUUUUCCUUACAUAUAGUAGGUCUAGCAGCCAAAAUAGUCCCAGUUAUCGGCAGUUUAGGGUUAAAUCCGCUUGGAGCAAAUUUGUAACUUUCACAUCUCCUUUAAAGAGGACAUAUGUCACAACUUCUGCAACCUACGUUGCAGCCAGACUUGUCACUUGAGACCUACAUGAGAACUUUAUAUCUAUAUCGCGUAUUUAGACCGUCUGUGAUGCAGGCUAAACUUCUGCAGCCCAAAACUAUUUAGUUUGUAAUUUGCGGUACGUUUUAAUCCCAACAAUCUUAGAAAGUGAUUUUUGUUUAUUUUAUUUGGAUUAUAUAUGCAGUUGGAGACAAAGUGCCCUCCAUCCCACGAAUUCAACAAUUUAUUGAGUCAGCUUGGACAAAUGGUGAGUCAUUUGAUGGAAUUUGAAACCAUCUACUUUACCAUUUUUACCUGAACCACUCCAAACUGCCAGUUGGGAUCCACGUCUCAUAUACCGCUUGUGACGUCAUCAUUUGUAACGGUCAUCAUUUUUAACGCCGGCUAACAGGCCGGUCACUUUCAGCCGAGCCAACUCUUUGCAAGAACGUGCCCGUAUUGACCCACGCGGGAUUGCCCACUUUGUUAGCGCAAGAAAAUUCAUCCUUUUUGGCGGUAUAAAUUAAUACUUCCUUGGCCAAUAGCGUAAAAUAUGUAUUUUCUGUAUGAAUUAAAUUUGUUUUGUAGUGCUAUUUCACACAUUAGAGAGCUUUAGAUUCUAAGACGAGGACCACUACGAGAACGAGAUUUUCCCAAUACUAAGUGGUGCGAGCACGAACCAACGUCAUUUUGGCGGGAAAAUGUGGUAGCUGUCGUCAGUCUACUACGAGUUUUAGCGAGAAUGUGGUAGUGGCGAAAACAAGUUAUAAAUUUUAUGAUUUAGCGAUCAGGAGUGGGCUUUACCUCCUUCAACGGAACUAAGCGUGCUAACUUUUGUGGUGAAAAAAAGAACAAUGAAGCUUUCCGGGGUGUCUGCUUUUAGAGAAUAGGAGAGACAAAUGUCGUGCCGUAGGCGUCCUCGUCCUUGAAUCCAAAGCUCUCUAUUGCCUCAUCAAAUGCAUCCUGCCAGCAGAGCUUUUCUUUCGCUCGCUUGGGUUUGGCUUCCUUGAAGCCUCCUUUUUUCCUCCUCACUCAAGAAGACAAAAGGAGGCUCUUCUUGUAGGGUGCAUCUAAUGUUGCCAUGAUAUCUUGAAGGGUUUGACAGACAAGGAUCCGAACAGCUUGGCUGCAAACUGAUCAAUACCAGAAAGUGGAUUGGUGCAACAGAAAUUGCAGCGGUGUUGAGAUCUCUUCAGAUAAGGUAGACGUAAUAACCCAGGGCUAAAAAUCUUUUUCGGACGGUGGCUCGGUCAAGUUUAGUUCCUGACCAGUCAAGAUAUUGAAAACGAAAAGUUACUGAAUGACCGCUAGUAAACUUGAAACUACCAUCUGCUUGUUUAAGUCGUUGCUGGAGCGUGUAAAAAGCCGCUUAUUGGACAAAAUGGCUUAAAACGUAACCAAAGAUAGCCUAAGAUUUACAAUUGAGGAUUUCAACGUUUGUUCAAGAAGGAGAGUGUGUGUGUGGCCGGUCAACAUGACGUGGACUGAAGUUUUUGGCCGGUCAAGGCGCCAUUCUGGCCGGUCAUUGUCGGAUGACUGGCCGUUAUUUUGAGCCAUUAAAAGAACAGAUGCUACAUGUGUGAAAACAACCAUGACAUUUCUCAAGAGAGGAUGACUUGGAUGCAAACCUGUAAUCGAAUGUUUCUUCGUCUACACAAUGUGUCGCUGGAAAUGCUCAAUAUUAAUUGGGUUAAUAAUCAUUCUGGCGGAACAUGGACAAGUUUAAGCUAAACGCCUUAAAUUUUAGAAAUGCACAGGCGUAGAGUUUCAUUUGAACAGAUGGUGAAGCUUAAGUAUACGCUCAUAUAGCUUCUUGUUUUAAGAGUGUCGAGGGGUUGACCAAAACACUAUAAAGAAAUGUGCCACGUAUAAACCCAAGAAGUAACUGAAUUGAACAAAGAAUUAGCGUAACUCUCUCACGCUCCCGACGGUUCAGGAGGCAGGGGAAGCUUGCACGCAGGUUAAUCUUCCUUGUGUGUAGGCAUUUGUCCUUUUCUAGGAUAUCCCCUAACAGAACCAAAGUCAACUCUACGUUCUCCAUUUUCAGUAGAGAAUUUCAAUCUGCAAAGUUGCUGUUUUGUUUCUGAUUUUUUGCCGUUCUCGUUGCCGUCGUCGUCGUGGUUGUGCGGAUUUUGCCACGGGAUUCAAAGGUUCUUCCAGCUUCGCGUCACAUAAUGUCUGACUUAAGUGAACAUUUUUUUUUUGCAGAACCAAAAUAAUUGACUUUCAUCAAGCAACAGGCUGUGACGGAACACACCCAGAAAUGUUUUCAUGGAUCAAGCGUUACUUCAGCUGUAGCGUCAGUUCCACUGUACUUCCUACGAGUUCAUCAGUUCUUCGGCAAACCUCUGUUCCACCACUUUACCUUCAACAUCAAGGUUAGCUUACAAUAGAGACGUAUUUGUAUUUUUUGUAGUUUAUUUUUACUCCAUCCUUUAGAUAAUACAUUAGGUGUACAAUAUCAAUUAGUACAAGGUUGAUUAAACUACGGGUACAUAAUAAAAAAAAAGAAAGUUAGAAUGGAGAAGGGCACAUUAUAGAAAACUAAUUAUGGCCCUUUAACAGGAUUGACUUUAUUCUAAUAUAGCUUUGUUAUUCAUUAAAACAGCUUCAAAGGACGCGGCCAUCAUCAUCGCUGACCGCUGGCCGCUCAUCCUAAUCAUCCUCAUCCAUUAGAUUCUAAGACGAGCGCUACUAAGAGGACGAGAUUUUCAGCGUCAUUUUGGCGCGAAAACGUGAUAGCCUUCAUCAUUGUACCACGAGUCGUAGUGACGAAAACAAAUUUAUCAAAUGUUAUCAUUUGCGAUCGCCGGAGGGCUUAACCUCCUUCAAUAAAAAUAACCGUGUUAACAGCCUGAUUUCUAGUGAAAAAAAAGGGAAAAUGAAGCUUCCUGAAGUGUCAAUUUUUACAACACGUGAAAAAAAGGCUUAGUCAAAACUUUUCCUCGUAGAUGUCCUUGUCCCGGAAUCUAAAGGUCUCUAGUUCUGAAACCCAAAAAAAAACUGUUAAAAAUAUAACUGUCACUAUUCACUUGUUAUCUGGAAGAAAUGUUUUCCUAAUAGUUUAAUCCGUUUUCAAGAUCAGUCCUUUUUUUUCUUUGUUACACUCUUGAAAAGGUGCAAUUUCGCGAUUGUGAAAGUUAGUUUCAAGAACGUCCAUAAGCUUUUUUGCAAAGCAGAGUCUGAUUUGUGAGCCUUCCCGUUUUACCUGUUUAUGCUGAUUUUUGUAGCGGUUUUGUGACAACACCUUUCAGCGUUUAGAUUUCUAGGGAUCCCUUAGCUUAUGUUCAGCUCUUGCACCGACAUGAAAACCAUAUCGGAAUGGGCUUCUGUGCAACGGUGAUUUUGGCGCGAUUUCUGUAACGGAGCGUCGCGCCGAUCUUGAAAGUGGAAUAUCGGAUGGAUUCUGUGUCACACUUUAGAAAAUCUCACUUUGGUGCAAUGUGACCAGGACUGUAGCGGAAGGGAAUAAAUAGGAGCGAGGACUGGAAUCACUGAGACGGAAGUAAACAUUCAGGAGUAAGGCUGGACUGGGAUUUAGUUUAUCAAAUGCCCUCGGCCAACUUCUCGGCGGCACAAUCUUCGAUGUGUGCGAACUACUUGUUGCAGUUCUGUGCCGUUUACCCUUUCACUGCUAGAGUGAAUAAUAGAGUUUUGUAAGGUAGCUAUAGCUAUUGAGUCUGUGGACGAAAUCCUAUGAUGUGACCAUUCAAAUGAAAUCUUUCUACCUGUACUUACACAUGGUGCUACUUGUUUUUCAAAAUUUCACAAAAUGAAAUUUGAGAUUUUUUUGUCGAAUUUUGCCUUUGGCCACAUUUGGCAGUGAAAGGGUUAAUGUUCAUACUAUACAGGUUAGCUUUUCGUGUCAGCACAAAAAGCUGUCCGCUUAAGUAUGAACAUAGCCUUAGAUUCGGUUUGUUGUAUGACUCCAAUCCUUUACUUAUUUCCAGGGCACAGCCGGUUAGUGAUUGGAGUGGAAGAGCAUUCUGGGAAGGAUGGAGGCUUAUAUCUUCUGUUGUUCGAUCCUUCACACUCAGCGAAGCAGAUGCAAAGCCUGUUGGAAGAUAUUCAGAGCAGUAGUUCGGGCUUGCGGCAUCUGCGUCGGUCUCUCAAGCAGAUGAGAUGUAAGCAGUACCAAAUUGUGUACGUUGACGGCAUCAUGGAACCCUCGGAAAUGGAAGAAAGUAAAACUAUGGAUUCUCUGAGAGUGCCGUGA